GAGAAAUUAGAGACACCUAAAAAUAUGAUAGGACCAAGUCGUCCAUUGUUCGUUCUAUUUGGGUCAUCAAUAGUGCAGUUAAGCUACGAUUUUCAUGGUUGGGGUGCAACCCUCACUAGCCUCUACUCUCGCAAGGCUGAUAUUUCAUUGCGUGGAUAUGCUGGUUGGAACUCAAGGAUGGCUCUUCAAGUUUUGGACGAAGUUUUCCCAAAGAUAUACCUGUCAAAACGGGCUGCCAGCCUAGCUUACAUGGGCCUUGGUAUUUGAAGUUGGUUGGGCGGGGUCGGCUAACAAUUUUGAUGGGUCUUAAAAUGGUUAGCUCAACCCAACCUUAUGUAGGCCGCGACCCCAUAAGGACUUAGUAUAUUUUGAGUUUGAGCUAUAUUUUUUGUUAUUUUUUAGUUCCUUUUUCCUUUUCCUUUUUAUAUUUUUAAUUCAAUAUUUUUUUUAUUCGGCCCACGUGCGAAUCAGCCCAACCUCAGUCAAGCUUCACGAGCUGUGCGCUUACUUGGGACGGUCUAAAAAAAAUUCGUUUUUAAAUGGGCUCUAAAAUUUUAACCCUACUAAAUCACGGGUUAAGUUGGACCCGCCCAACAAGCCAAACCCAUAUUUACGGCUUUACUCAAAGCUACCUACUUUACGGAAUAUUGUGUACAUGUUUUAUUUUGAAUAAUUAACCCAAAUAGCCGUCCACCAUAUCACUUAAACU